AUGUCCAAUCUCAUUCCUUCUGCUCCCACGACAGAGUGGCACAGACAGACUGGCACAGACAGACUGGCACAGACAGAGUGGCACAGACAGACUGGCACAGACAGAGUGGCACAGACAGAGUGGCACAGACAUACUGGCACAGACAAAGUGGCACAGACAGAGUGGCACAGACAGACUGGCACAGACAGAGUGGCACAGACAGAGUGGCACAGACAGAGUGGCACAGACAGAGUGGCACAGACAGACUGGCACAGACAGAGUGGCACAGACAGACUGGCACAGACAGACUGGCACAGACAGACUGGCACAGACAGACUGGCACAGACAGAGUGGCACAGACAAAGUGGCACAGACAGACUGGCACAGACAGACUGGCACAGACAGAGUGGCACAGACAGAGUGGCACAGACAAAGUGGCACAGACAGAUUGGCACAGACAGACUGGCACAGACAGAGUGGCACAGACAGACUGGCACAGACAGACUGGCACAGACAGAGUGGCACAGACAGAGUGGCACAGACAAAGUGGCACAGACAGACUGGCACAGACAGAGUGGCACAGACAAAGUGGCACAGACAGACUGGCACAGACAGAGUGGCACAGACAGAGUGGCUCGCCCGCUGCUGACUCAAUGCUCAUAG